UGAGCGCCUCCCCACCCCCAGACCCUCUCUGCGCUGGUAUAUAUAGCCAGAGAAGGGAACCAGACAGUCCUGGCAGUCAAAAUGAGGCUUCUCCUCCCCGUCUGCUGCCUGCUGGCUCUACUGGCACUCACCACUGCAGAUGCAGUGGACUCUGAGACUGAGCAACUUGUGCCACUCAAGCUGAAGUCUGAAGGUCAGCUUUUUAACUGCUGUGACGGCACAGAAGAUAUAAGCCAAAGCACAUCCAAUGACACUCCUGCACCAAACAGACCCAUCUGCCAGCCCUGUGGCACAGGUGCACAGACUGAAGAUGCCAGCUUGGAGGAGGAUGAGGCCACUUCUGAGGAGAAAUCUGAAGAGUUGAGUCAAGAGGAGGCAGCGUCUGAAGAGAAAUUUGAGGAAGAGGCAGGAGCAGAGUUAGAUGCAUCUGAUGAAGUGUUGGAGGAGGAAGUUCUUGAUGUGAAGGAGAUGUCUGAUGUGGAGGCACAACUGGGUGAAGAAUCUCUGGAAGAGGGUGUUGAGGAAGAUUCGCAGAUCAGUGAUGAGUCGGUGGGGGAGGAAGAGGAGGAUCUUCAGACUGAAGAUGAAGCAGGUGAAGUGGAACUUUCUCAGAAUGAAGAACAGGUAAUUGUGGAAGAAGACGUUGAGCAGACUGAAGAAGAGAAAGAGGAGGAUAUUCAGACUGAAGAUGAAGCCUUUCAAACUGAAGACGAGGUAGUUGAGGAAGAGGAAAGUCUGCAAACCGUGGAGGAGGUAGUGGAGGAGGAGGAGGUUCUUCAGACCGAAGAAGAGGUAGUAGAGGAAGAGGAAGCUCUUCAGACUGAAGAGGAGAUAGUUGAGGAGGAAGCUCUUAUGACCAAAGAGGAGGUAGUUGAAGAAGAGGAAGUUCUUCAGACUGAAGAUGAAGCAGGCCAAGGAGAGGAACAUUCCCAGGCUGAUAAAGAGGUAGUUGAAGAAGAGGAGGUUCUUCAGAUUCAAGAUGAGGCAGAUGUAGAAGAGGAGGUUUCUCAGACUGAAGAAGAGGCAGCAGAAGAUUCUCAGAUUGAACAGCCAUUGGAGCAAGUGGAAGAGGUAGCAGAAGAAGAGGACACUUUAACAGAGGAAGAAGGAGCUCCAGAGGUUGUGGAAGAAAGGCAAUUUGUAGAAGAACCAAAAGCAGCUGAAGAGUUGGUGGAAACUGAAGUAGAGGAGCCAGCCACAGAUGUUGUUGAAGAGGUUGUAGAAUUAGCCCAAGAGGUAAAUGAGGAACCAACUCCAGAGCAAACUACUGACCAAGAAGAUGCUCCUGCACCUGCCGAAGAAGCAAAGGUGGAACUAGUGUCAGAGGAUGUGCCAGCAACCAAAGCAUCUGCAAAAGUGGAGAAAAACGCCCCCUCAGGUCCUGUCACAAGAGAUCGCUCUCACAUUGAAGAGACGCUGCGUCUGGCAACAGCUGAACCUUCACGAGAAUAUGUUGGUGAGUCAUAUAAUCAAAAUGAAAAAAAAAAAAAGGAUUUUAAAUAAGCUUCUCUAGCUCAG